UUGUUUUCUUUGCGUUGCUGUGCUAAUUACUAAAACAAACUUUAUCAUUUAUUUUUCGCAUAAGUAUUUCCGGUCGUUUGAAUUCGAAGAAUAGAAGAGCAAGAGUUCCCAAGUUUGCAAAGUUUUUUCUAAAUAGCAAACGCAGAUAACGUUGAAAAUAAAUUCGCGCAUUUUCGAUUCUCAAGACUCGAGUACUUUUCCACGCAAUCUCAAAAAACACUUUUUCUUUCGGCCAAUUCGUAUGCGUACUAAGUGUGUCUUGUCAAUCGAAUCCACUUGGAUUCCACAAUGGAAGUCACUUCGAUAUGCCACUCAAGAUAAACUAAUGACGCGUGUUGGGGAACCAGGAGAAGUAUGCGAUAAGCAUGAAGAAAGAACUCAAGAACUUCCACGAGAGAAUGUAUACGCAGCAUUAAAUUCCGAGCGUGUUCAUUUUAUUCUUAAUUUAUGGAAAUGAAAAGUUCGAUCGAAUUUUCUUGUUUCUCUCCCCAACAAUUUUCCCUAAUUUAACUAUUUGUAUGUGUGGGGACGUUUAUAACGGCGCUUAAAAAUAGUUUUUUCUGACAUUUGAUGACCAAACAUUAGAACCCUUCACUUGUUUCGGAGUGUGGAAAGGUGUUCAAAGCAAUCGAUUUCAUUCAUAAUCACAAAAAAUGUGCCCACGUGAUUUUAAGUCUGUAUCUCAAAACAUGGGGGUAAUAAACAUCGGGACUUGUAAAAAUUUUAUGUGAUGAUUGACACGAAUUGAGUGACAUGCUUUGGACCUCAGCUCAAACGAGACAGUGCAGUGACUGUGAUGUUGACGAUGAUGAUGACCGCGAUGAUGCAGGCACAACCCACUGCAUAUGGUAUGUGUUCUUGAGUUUCGUCUUUUAUCUGAUGAAAGCACAGUUAGAACUCAUCUCAUUUGGUAUGCACAUGAAAAUGCCCUGCAACGAAUAUCAUUAAAGCUAGUUCAAACUGUUUAAUAUAAAAGACAGAUGCCAAGGUCUGUUCUCAAUUCAGUUUGUGGAUGCUGCUGCCAUAGAACACAUCAUGUUAUCGUAUUCUCUGCUCGCCGUGCUGCUGCUCGGCUUCUACUCGGCUGCUAAUGCUUCGCUCUUGAACUGCAACUGUGAGCCAGGACCUCCGGGUCCGCCUGGACCGCGUGGCCCUCCAGGUCUUGGUGGCCUCGGCAGUGCCGGAGGCGGUGGUGGCAUCUGGGGUUAUCCGCCUGUGCCGCCCUUCAACCAACACAUUCCACCACUGAUUGGACCUAGAGGAUUGCCUGGACCACCAGGACCACCUGGCUACUGCUUUCCCUGUCAGUACGGUGGUCAAGGUGGCCAAGGAUUCGGUCCGAAUAACUUUGGCUUGGCUGGUCCUGGCGGUGUUACUGGACAGGGCAUUGCCUCAGCCAUUGGAAACAUUAUCAUUAUUCCCUCGGGCGUCAAUGGACGUGCGCAGCUUUUCCGUAUCACACCCGAUGGGCAGCUAGUGCGAAUUGAAAACCCUCGCGAGGGCAUCAAUGAGAUACUACCCAGUAAUCUGCAAGAUUUGCUCGCCCAACAGGCCGCUGUGCCCACAGCAGCCACAACAUCAGGAAUUACGCCGCCAGGCCAGGCCAGACCAGGAGCCACGCCACCUACACCCGAUGAUCAACCCGAAGGCUUAGAUGAAGCCAUGUUUGCUGUUUCCUCUAACAAUAUAGAAUCGCGUAAGGAGGCAGCGUUGCGUGGCAUUACCGAUGCCAACGAUUGGCGUCGGGUGCUGCUUUUGGGUGAACCGAAUGCUCAUAGUGCGGCCAGCUCGGAACCGGGAAGCACUAAUCAGCUGGAGAGUAGCAUGGAUAGUUUUCAGCGCGCCCUCGUCGAUUUGAGGGACAAGUACGCUUCGCUUAUUCAGCCACGCACCACCGAUCAACGAUAUGCCGUCAUCCUCUAGACUCCUAAGUAGAUCCACUUAAUAUACAGUUAUUAUAAUAAACACGUACUGAUAAUUCCUAACAAUCUUGACACAAUCGCGUCUCAAUC